AUGUCUUAUCAGUCAGCCAUUACUCAUCAGAAAAAAGUUGCAAAGUCCACCGAACUUUUUCUCUUUAGCGACAUCGUCCCUCGUAUAUCAAUAGCUUGUCUCUUUAUCAUUUCAUCAAUUUUCUAUUGCUUGUUGGCCUUGAACCUUUUCAUUUGCGUAGUUGGAGGUACUCUCGCAAAUUACACAAGAACGACAGUAAUGUUUACCACAGAAAGAAGCCGUGAUUUUGGUAAAUGGUGCAUUACAUUGGGUCAAGGAAUUUUGGCCUUGGCCAUGAUGGAUAUCAGCGAAAAAUCAUUACUUUCCUCUUCAGUCUUAUCAACUCCACCAAAAUGCAAGACCUCAAAACGCACCGUACGCAUUCCAGUAAUGUCGAAACCAACGACAACAAAUCAUCAAAAAUCAUUUUCUAAAUUGCAAUUGUCUUCAGAACCUCCGCCACUAUCGAUGAUCGGCGAAAUUUCAUUGAAUCAAUGCAAAAAAUCCCCAUCGUGCAAAGACACACGAUAUCGACCCACCAUUCCAUCUUCCCUUGGUCCAAAUCGACCAAACGAUCGAGAAAAACUUGCGAGUACCUGUCCUAGCCAAAGAUUCUCGACUUCAGCAUUCAGCCGACCAAAACGAAGCUUGUCAAUAAAAUUAAUUGAUUCCACUGCUGCAAAUCGUGUCACGAUUUAUCAAAGAUCUCGCGUCGCAGCCGUAUCGAAAUUAAGUCAUAGCAUUUAUGAUAACAAGUCAAAGGUGGUGAUAGACGCUCCACCGGUCGAAGACGAGUGCGCUUUAAUGAAGAAAUCAAAAUUUAAUCGUAACCAUAAAGAAACUGUUAUAAAAGAUAAUAAUAUGAAGCUUGAUGAAAAUCGACCGAUGGUCUAUCAACAACGUCGUCGCAUUCAAAAUAAAAAAUCACCAUCGAUGACCUUGCAUACAGCAAGGAGAUACUUGAAAAUCAUGUUGAAUGCCAAAUCGCACAGAUACACCAUAUAG